UUAGCUCUAACCGAGCGGCGUGGCUCUUCUACCAGCCCCUAAUUGCUAUACGUGUAACAACCCCGUCCGAUUUGUCAUUCAGCUGUUGUCGACAGGAAACCACUAACAGCAGUCAACUGACACAGCCAAGAAUUUGGGUUUCUUCUCUCUCUCUCUGUGCUUUAAGGAUUAAAACAUAUCCAGAAGAGCUUAUGUGCUUAAGUACACACCCGGCAAAGGAUUUCUCAGAUCUGGAUGACUGCUAGAAUUUAAAGGGCUAUGCUAUAACCCGGCCAAGGAACGGACCGAGGAUGGGUUUGCUUGGGAGCAAAAACCAGCAUAUGCCUAAGGAGCAUUGUGACGGCAUGAAUAAGCAAAGGCAUCAUGUGUUUUCUAAGAAGAAGACUCCACCACCGCCCCCGGUCAGACCCAGGAAUUGCGCCUCACAUUUCAGCCAGUCAUCAGCCCAAGAGGACCACAUUGUGAUUGCCCUGUAUGACUUCACCUGCACAAGCGAACGAGACUUGGAGAUGGUCAAGGGAGAGAAACUUCAGGUCCUUUCAUGCGACGGUGACUGGUGGCUGGCAAAAUCUCUCACCACGGGGAGGAAAGGUUAUGUCCCCAGUAACUUCGUUGCGCAGGUGGAUACCUUGGAAGUGGAAAAGUGGUUUUUUAAAACUAUUAGCCGAAAGGAAGCCGAACGACUGCUUUUAGCUCCUGGUAACAAAGCCGGAGCUUUCCUUGUGAGAGAGAGUGAAACGUGCAAAGGUGCCUAUUCUCUGUCUGUGAGAGACAGUGAUGCUGCCAGCGGUGAUAUCAUCAAACACUACAGGAUCCGCACCCUGGACGGCGGGGGAUACUACAUCUCCCCAAGGACCACCUUCUCCUCGCUGCAUCAGCUCGUCCAUUAUUACUGCACCAAGGGCGACGGUCUUUGCCAGAAGUUGACGGUUCCAUGCACAACGCUGAUCCCCCAGAGACCCUGGGCGCAGGACGAAUGGGAGAUCCCACGGGAGUCCUUGAAACUUGUGAAGAAACUUGGUGCCGGGCAGUUUGGGGAAGUGUGGAUGGGCUAUUACAAGAGCAACAUAAAGGUGGCUGUGAAGACCUUGAAGGAAGGCAGCAUGUCCCCGGACGCCUUCCUGGCUGAGGCAAACCUGAUGAAGAGGCUCCAACAUGACAAGCUGGUCCGGUUGUAUGCCGUGGUCACCAAGCAGCCGGUCUACAUCGUGACAGAGUUCAUGGCCAAUGGAUGCUUGCUGGAUUAUCUGAAGACCGACGAAGGAGGCCAGUUGAAUCUCUCAAAACUCAUUGACAUGUCGGCCCAGGUGGCCGAAGGCAUGGCAUACAUCGAGAGAAUGAACUCCAUCCACCGCGACUUGAGAGCAGCGAACAUCCUCGUCUCAGAGAUGCUCUGCUGCAAAGUUGCUGACUUUGGCUUGGCCAGGAUAAUAGAAAAUGAAUACCUGGCACAGGAAGGUGCCAAAUUCCCUAUCAAAUGGACAGCGCCGGAAGCAAUUAACUACGGGGUUUUCACCAUCAAAUCCGAUGUCUGGUCUUUCGGCAUUCUCCUCACAGAGAUUAUCACCUACGGCAGGAUCCCAUAUCCAGGCAUGACCAACCCGGAGGUGAUCCGCAACGUGGAACGGGGCUACCGGAUGCCCUGCCCCGACUGCUGCCCCGGCGAGCUCUACAGCAUCAUCCUGAAGUGCUGGCGGACCAGGCCCGAGGAGCGGCCCACCUUUGAGUACCUGCAGUCCGUGCUUGAGGACUUCUACAUAGCCACGGAGAAGCAAUACGAACCAGAGCCAGGGCAGUAGCACCAGGCCACUGAGCCUGCAUGAGGCAGCGUGCUGGAGGAGAGGGGCCGUCUCCACGAUGCUGGCUGGAGGGGACUGUCAGGCUGUUCUGAUACGGCGCCCCAUGGACCUCUCAGCUGGACCUGCUCCCCCCCUUUGCUUCUGUGCCUUUGGGGAGGGGGUCUGAGAGGAGUGGGCAGGACACUCAGGACACAGAGACCAUGAGAAGUGCAAUCAGAAGUAAACCUCCUUCCUCAGCCCCUGGCACGGAGGUCCCAGCCCAGUGCCUGACAUCCAGAGCAGCCAGCACUGCUGCAACUGGGGUUUGUGGAGCCCCUGGCAGGGCAGAUGGCAAGCCAAGACUGACUGAGCCAUAGGGACUGAAUCCCUCCAGCCCGGUCCAUGCCUAGCAGGAUGGUCCCUUGCCCUGUCCCUGCCAGUGCUGCAGUCUCCUCUAGGUCAGCUGAGCACUUCUUUUUCCAAGGCUGCCCAUCUUGGCAGGGCCUGCCAUCCACCAAUAAAGACCCCCAAUAGACAGACCCUCUCUCGUGAUUAAACCUCUUUGGUCCCCGCAGCUGAUCCUGCUGCAGGCAAAGGUUGUACUACAUGAUCUCUACCUCCCGGCCCUACUUCGCUGUGAUUCUAUGGAAAAACCGCAGCCACGUGUGCUGCUUCCAAAGCAAAACCAGUUCCCAGGCCUCCAGCAGCCAUAGAGCGAAGCUAGCACUUGUAGCAGGUGUCGGUCAGCAGCUCCCAAGGUCUGCAGGCCUCAGGACAGACUUGCUAUGCAGGCAAGGGCAUGGGAUCCCAGCGCUCCCAGACCAGCCAGCUCCCCAAAGAGCCCUACAUUUCCCCAGCCCUGACCACUCAUGUGGCAAGCUGGCUCUGGAGCGGUGAACCAGCCCAUCCCAAGUCCUCCAGACUCCCAGCAUCACGGGGUAAGCUGAUAAAUUGCUCAACCCACAGCUGUAGCCUUCAUGUUAACUAAAGUCCUUUUGAUAAUUUUCCCCACAAUAAGGCUCUUGGUCACGCGGUCCAGGCCAAAUCCCACUGGGGCAUUGCAAUCUGCCUUCUUAAACAUGCUCCACAUUGCAAUCUAUGAAUUUCUUCUCCUAGCCCUUGCUCCAUGGCAGCAUCCCCCUCCCCAGGCAAACAUGCACAGGGGCUUAGCUUUCAGCACCUCUUAACUCCCUUCGCCCAUCGUUUUUCUUCCCCUUCCCCACUCUUUUUAUGGUAAUCACUGCACCGAUUUAGCAUCUGGGCUUUUUGCAGUCCUGUUGCAGCACCUGAUGAAAUCAGCUGUUGCUUCCAAAAGCUGAACCUACACAUCUCUGAUUUGGCUGGUUUAUAGGAAGCUAUCUUGCCUGACUCCAAAUGAAUCUGGCUAACUACUUCUGAGCCCGGCUGGACCAAAAGAUGCUAUAACUCUGUGAUCCCACCAGAGGUCACUCGGUCCUCACAAAUCCAGGGGAGUUAGAUGCACAGGCACAAGGCGUACCUGCUCUCUCUAUCCCAGGGGCAAAUCCAGUUGGCCCACAAAGGACAAGGAUGUUCCAGCAAAGUUCACUGCUUGUUGGCUGCCUUCCCGACCCUCCUUCCUUCACAGACACCCCUGACAAAUCCCUGGCUGCAAAUGCUGCUACCUUCCCCCAUGCAGUCUGCAAACCUGGUGGUUGUCUCUGUGCGGUAUGAGCUGGUAGAGUUAGGGUAGGGGAUCAUUUGUCUCCCACAGCCCUGCAGGCUUCACAUUUUCACCAUGGCCCACCGUGGCUGGGAGUUGGAUACAGAGGAAACCCGUGCUCUGAACAAAGACCCAGCCCCUGCUAGGGGAACCCAUGGACACAGGAUGAUGAGGCUGGGAGCCAGAAGGAUCCUGAGCACCGCUUUUCAGGUGUGGGCACGUCACUCCAUCACCAUCGUCAUCAUCACUGCAGCACCACCUAAGAGCCCCAGUCCUGGACCAGGAAUCCACUGUGUAAGGCACUGUACAAACGUCCCUCCCAGCACCCCUGGGAAGUGCACAGAGUGAAGUCAGUGGAGCUUUGCUGCUUUACACCAGAGGAGGAUCUGGAUCCAAACGUCUUGCCCACUCCCACAGCCUUUGCCUGGCUUAUGCUGCAUUGUCUUUGGCCAGGGACUGUGUCCAGAGGUUUUAAGGCCAGCCAGGAUGACGCUGGGCAGCAGGGGACCUCCUGCAUAAACACAGGCUGAAGUGUCCUAGCCAGACGCAUUGCUCCUAACCUCUUCCUCGCAAUGGGGAGGUUCUGGCCAAGCCGGAGACAAGAAGACUUCCCCUCACACUGCACAGCUGGUGCCUCCACCUCCUCAGGGAUGUUUUCUGGGCGUGGAGAGCAGGAUUUAACAUUGCCCCUACCUGUGCUUUCACUUGCUUUGGGCACUCAUCCUGCACCUCCUUCUCCUGGGCCCUCAACCCAGAGAGGAAACCCACCUAAAAGCCCCCUAGACUGGGAGAUCUGCUGACAUCAUCUGGGAGCUGCAUGGGGCAAAGGUCCUUUUUUUGCACCAUGUUGGUACCGCACCUUGCACUGCAGCUUCCAGGUCCAGGACUGGGGCUCUUAGGUGCUGCUGCAGGGAUGAAGAUGCUGCUGCUGAUGAUCGCGGUGAUGCAAGCAGAUGAGGUCGCAAUUGGGAAGUUCUGUGGUUACGAGACCGUUCGGAUGACAGCAGACCUUGGGGCUAAUCCUAUUUUGAUUAUCAGGGAGCGUGAUUAAAUAAAAUGGCUAUGUUGUAAAAAUACA